AUGAAACAGUUCAAUUUGGAUGCAGAGUUUCACGCCAAAGAGGAUAAUCCUUUUCGGCGCGAACCGAAAAUGGAAAAUACACUUGAAUCUUCGAGUAGUCCACAAUAUAAAAAGAUAUCGUCGAAAUGGGAUCCAGUUGAAGCGUGUCGGCCGAUAAUCGGUGAAGCACCUGUGUUUUAUCCAACUUUUGAGGAGUUUGAAGACACACUUGGUUACAUAGCUAAGAUACGUCCCAUGGCGGAACUGUAUGGCAUAUGUAGAAUCGUCCCUCCGGCUUGUUGGACUCCACCAUGUCCGCUUAACGAGAGAGAGAUAUGGGAAAAUGCUAAGUUUCCAACUCGCAUUCAGCAAGUUGAUUUGCUUCAGAACCGGGAGCCGAUGAAGAAGAAAAGUAGGGGAAAGAAACGAAAACGUAGAAGGCAGUCAAGGAUGGGAACAUGUAGUAGGAGAACUGGAAAUUCAUGUUCCGAAGCUAAUGCCACUUCUGAAUCGGACGAUACGUUUGGGUUCCAAUCAGGGCCAGAUUUCACACUUAAAGAAUUUCAGCAAUAUGGAAAUUCUUUUAAAGAUUGCUACUUUGGGUUGAUCAAUGCGAAAGAUGGUAGAGGCGGUGAUAAUAUUCACCACGAGAGACGUGAUCCGUCUGUGGAGGAAAUUGAAGGUGAAUACUGGCGAAUAAUCGAGCAACCAACGGAUGAGGUCGAGGUGUAUUACGGAGCUGACUUGGAAACCGGAGCACUUGGAAGCGGUUUUCCUAAGACAUCGUUGUCUACUAAAAGUGAUUCAGAUUUGUAUGCUAUGUCUGGCUGGAAUCUUAAUAACUUUGCACGACUUCCAGGUUCUGCUUUGUGUUUUGAAGGAAGUGACAUCUCAGGAGUUCUAGUGCCAUGGUUGUAUGUUGGAAUGUGCUUUUCGACAUUCUGCUGGCAUGUUGAAGAUCAUCACCUCUAUUCGCUUAAUUAUCUGCACUGGGGUGAUCCGAAAGUAUGGUAUGGCGUACCUGGGAGCCAUGCAUCGGCCUUGGAAGAUGCGAUGAGGAAGCACUUGCCUGAUUUGUUUGAAGAGAAUCCAAAUCUACUCAAUGAGUUGGUGACUCAAUUCUCUCCUUCGAUACUUAAGUCCGAGGGGAUUCCUGUGUUUCGAGCUGUCCAACAUUCUGGGGAAUUUGUUAUCACCUUUCCAAGGGCUUACCACGGUGGCUUCAGCUGUGGCUUCAACUGUGCGGAAGCUGUGAAUGCGGCUCCGUAUGAUUGGUUUAUGCAUGGUCAGAAUGCUGUCGAGAUUUAUAGUCUGCAAUGCCGUAAGACAUCAUUGUCCCAUGAUAAAUUGUUGUUUGGAUCUGCUAAGGAAGCUGUGCAUGCCCUUUCGAAGACUACUCUUGACGGAAAAGAAAAUCUUCAAUAUUUAAAAUGGAGAAAUGCUUGUGGAGAAGACGGAGUUCUUACCAAUGCAGUUAAGACAAGGAUAAUGAUGGAAAAAGAGAGGCGGGACUGGCUUCCGUCACAUUUAAAGAUGCUGAAGAUGGACAAUGACUUCGAUUCGGUUGAGGAAAGGGAAUGUUUCUCUUGCUUCUAUGAUUUGCACCUAUCCGCCGUUGGUUGCAAGUGCUCUCCUGACAGCUAUUCUUGUCUUAAACACUUCAACUUGUUUUGCUCGUGUGAAAUGAAUAACAGAUUCGUUCUGGUUCGUUAUACUAUGAAUGAGCUUAGUACGUUGGUUGAAGCGUUAGAAGGAGAGCCACACGCAAUAGAAGCAUGGGCGACUGGGAAAAUCGGAACAGUUUCUGCUAGUGUUGAGGAUGCUUGCAUGCGAGAACAAGAUAUGGAGAGAGUCAUACGCAAAACCAAUAAUUUCGAAGAAGGGAAAAGCUCAAUUUCUUGUGCAGGAAUUAUUAAUGAGAAGCCGAAUUCGAAUGUUCCUAGCAGUCCUUACAGUCAUAUUUCGUCCGAGUUGGUCCAUUUAGAGUCUCAUCGUGUAAAGUUUAGUACGCCAUAUGCGGACACGAAUGGCGUUAAGGACAAUAUGAGUGAUACGAAGUUGAUUAUGGACAAUGAAGUUAAGAAGAAUAAGGGAAGUUCUUUUUAUUUGAAUAUUGGUGAUAUAUCUCGUAAAUCGGAAAAUUCAAUGCUAAUUAUAGCUAAUAGCCGUCGCAAUAAGUGUGUUCCAUAUGCGGAAAUAGAGGACACAAAGGAGCGAGACAACAUGGAACUUGGUGCUCGUGAUAUUUAUGACUUGGAAAAAGAACCUUCAUCAUGUCGAACCAGUGUUCGAAAUUCUGGUACACUCGAUGCUUGUAAACUGUUUGGGGUUGACCUGCAACUACGUUCAGAUUCAGGACAGAAACUCAAUAGCACGUUCGAAGCGGGAAAUCUAGACACCUCCAAUUCAAGUAUAUCUUUGAUUAACCAAAGCUCAUCAAUGCAAAAGUUUAGCAUUUCUGUCGAGCUCGUAAAUUUGGGAUCUGUUCUCUAUAGAAGGCAUUGGUCCAGUAAGCAAGCAAUAUAUCCAAAAGGAUUCAAGAGCCGUGUUAAGUUCCUUAGCAUUCUUGAUCCCGCAAGAAUUUGUACCUAUGUUUCGGAAGUCAUUGAUUCUGGAAUUCUCGGGCCUUUUUUCAGGGUUUCCUUGGAAGAACAUCCAAACGAGGUUUUCACAAACACCUCGGCCGAUAAAUGCUGGGAAACAGUUAUCGACAGGCUAAACUAUGAAAUAAAUAAGCGCAAGAUUCUCGGUGAACAAGAAGUCCCUCCCUUGGAACUACUCCACAGCAUCAAUGGUCAUAAAAUGUUUGGAUUCCUUUCGCCAUUCAUUAUUCAGUCCAUUGAAGCUCAAGAUUCGAGUCAUAAAUGUGUAGAGUACUGGAAUCACAAACAAGUUAGUUUCGGAUCUUCUGGCAAGGUCACUGAUGAUUUCAAGUUAACUUGCGGCUCAAGUAACAGUUCUCUAGAUGACUUCAAGACCAAGCUAUUCGGCGUUGAUUUGAUAAAGCAGGAGGAGGAUGACAUAGAAGAAAGUUCAGAUUCAUUUGAAGAGAUGAAACCGAUUUUAGAAGGAUUCUUAAAAAAGGCGAGACCCGAUGAGUUAAGAGCAAUGCGCAAGUUAUUCAGCUCUGAUGCACAAAUGACUCAGUGGAGACCGACAUUGAUGGCGGUGAUAGAGGAAAUCGAGAAAGAUUCUCAAUAA